AUUCCACUUUUGCUGCUCACAACACUCGCGUGUUUGAAUGAACGAAGGAGCCCACGAGUACCUUCAGACUCAACUUGAGAAGUUUACGAUAAACAUUGACUAGUAUUUCUAUAACUUAGCAAAUUAAACGAUACAUUGUUAGCAUUUAAUCCAACGUGUACGGUUACUGAUUGAGGUUUAGUACAGUAGCUAAAGAGUCCUGUAUAUGAUCAAAUAUGUCCGAAGCACAAGACUUGAGAAAGCGCAGUAAGAAACGCUAUGGCGGCGGACACCGGAGUAAGAAGUACAAGGGUUCCCGGGAGCUUGAGGUGGGCAUGCAAGGUAUUCUCAUCACCUGUAAUAUGAACGAGAGGAAAUGCACCGCGGAAGCCUUCAACCUGCUCAACGAAUACGCCGAUCAACUCUACGGACCUGAGAAUUUUAAGGAACCCGAGGAGAGCAGUAGUGAGGAGGAUGAAGAUGUGGAGGCAGCUCUGAAGAAGGAGGUGAAGCAGCUCAAAGCAUCGUCAGGGAAACGGGAGCGGCGCUUCCAGGCUAUGGACAGUGGAGCCAACAACGUCAUCUUCAUCAAGACGAAGAACCUCGACCCUGAUAAGCUGGUGCAUCACAUCCUGUCAGACCUCCACAUCACCAAGAAGAACAAGUCACGAGUCAUCCUCAGAAUGCUGCCGGUGAGUGGAACGUGCAAGGCGUUCCAGGAGGACAUGGAUAAGUUCCUGAGUGUGUUCUUAGAGCCGUGGUUUAAAGCCCCCAACCAGGGCAGCUACCAGAUUGCCUUCAAGGCCCGGAACAGCUCCCACAACAAGAGGGAUGACAUCAUCAAGGCCCUGGCAGGCCUGGUGGGGAAGAUGAAUCCUAAAAACAAGGUUGACCUGACCACCCCUGAGCUCACCAUCAUCGUCGAGGUCAUCAAGAGUGUGUGCUGCGUCAGCGUCGUCAGGGACUACACUCUCUACAGGAAGUACAACCUGCAGGAGGUCGCCAAGGAGGAGGGGCCUAAAGACGUGAAACAGGAAGAGGUCACCACAAACCAGGAAGAGAUAAAGUCGAACCAGGAAGAGAAGGAUGGGAAACAGGAAGAGAUCAAGUCGAACCAGGAAGAGAAGGAUGGAAAGCAGGGAGAUGGCAAGUCGAACCAGGAAGAGAAGGAUGUGAAACAGGAAGAGAUCAAGUCGAACCAGGAAGAGAAAGAUGGAAAGCAGGAAGAGGGAAAGGAUGCCCCAAAAACAGACAAGGAAGGAAAGGGGGAUGAAGAGGAGGAGAAGUAGAUCCAUGUACCAGGAGGGGGAGAAGAAGAGGAAGGGGAAUGAGGGAGGAAGUGAAAUGGGACUGAUAAACAACUAAGGCAUCUCACAGUGCAGGUGAUGCAGUCAAUGUGUUUUAGAUAGCUUUACUGUAGAACAGGUCCUAUUCCUAUUGUCCAUUCCAAAUGGGACCCUAAUCCCUACAUAGUGCACUACUUUUGACCUGAGGCCUAUGGGUCCCGGUCAAAAGUAGUGCACUAUAAAGGGAAUAGGGUGCCAUUUGGGACAUAACCCGUAUGUUAUUUUUUUCCUUGUACCUCCAGCUGUAUGGUGCAUAGUUAACUAGUACCAGGGUUGGGGUCAAUUCCCUUUUCAAUUCCAGUCAACUCAGAAAGUACACUGAAAUUCCAUUUCUCUUCGAUGUGUUUUCAAUUAGGAACCUUUUGGAAUUUGGGUUACUUUCUGAAUUGACCCCAACCCUGACUACGACAAAAUCCUUUGGUCCUCCAUUUUGUAUUGUCUCCAACAUGUCCUCCAUUUUGUAUUGUCUCCAACAUGUCCUCCUCAUCACUGACAGUCCAUUGGUCUCCUCUCCAUCACCGAGCACUCACUGGAAGCUGAUGGGUACAUUUUUUAAUUUCAUUAGAUUUUUAAAAAGAUUAACUUUUAUUUUUUAACAUAAAAGGUGUCAUACAUUGUUUUCGAAUAUAUAUUUGUUGGUUUUCCAGAAAUCCUGGUUGUAGGGUUCCAAGUUUCCUGCGUAUUCCCUCUUUAUUCAGGAAAUCCUACAUCUGGGAUUUCUGGAAAACCAGGGAAUUCAUUGAAAGUUCACAGAAUUUUUCAACCCUAGUCAGCUGACAGUCUUUCCUCUGUAAAUGAAAGUUAGAAGAAUCUCUAGUCUUCUAAGUUGACCCAGUUCUUACAGGGCUGGUUUCCUGGACCCAGAUGAAGCAUAGUCAUGGACUAAAACACUUUUUUUCAUUGAGAAUCUCCAUUGAAAGUGCUUCUUUGUCCAGGGGCCGUUAUCUAUCAUGUGUCUCAGAGUAGGAGUGCUGAUCUAGGAUCAGGUCCCCCUGUCCAUAUAAUUGUAUUUGUUAUAAUCUUAAAGACUGAUCCUAGAUCAGCUCUGAGACCAUUGAUACGGCCCCAGGAAUGUAGCCCUGAUCUGAGUGCAGGACUCUCAUAUACUGUCUGAUAAUGGAGGUAUACUGUAAUAUACCUUUUUGUUUUGUAGAACAGAGUAACUUCCCAAAAAAACUGCUCCUUGAAAUAAAGUGUGAUUUUUUU